AUGUCUGAUUCAGGUCUCCCCUCCAGCUGGGAGGUUCGCCAUUCCAACUCCAAGAACUUGCCUUACUACUUCAACCCUGAAACCAAGGAAUCCCGCUGGGAACCUCCAUCCGGAACCGAUACCGAGAAGCUUAAGAAUUACAUGGCAACCAAUCACACCCCCUCAGCUCGCCCCGAUGCCGCCGGCCAGGCUGAAGGCAAGAUCCGCUGCAGCCACUUGCUGGUCAAGCACAGUGGCAGCCGUCGCCCCAGCAGUUGGCGCGAAGCUGAAAUUACCCGGUCCAAGGAGGAAGCAAUUGAAAUUCUGAAGGGUUACGAACAGAGAAUUCAAGAAGGCGAGAGUCUGGGAGACAUUGCUGUCUCAGAGUCGGAUUGCAGCAGCGCUCGUAAGAAGGGCGAUCUCGGUUUCUUCGGCCACGGUGAGAUGCAGAAGGAAUUCGAGGAUGCUGCGUUUGCUUUACAGCCCGGCCAGGUUAGCAGUGUCGUUGAGACAGCCUCGGGUGUUCACCUUAUUCAACGGGUCCAGUGA